CGCGAGGACAAUUCUAAUGCCAAUUCAAACUCCAGUAUCCAAACCAAGAUAAACUCGGCCCCACUGUCAGGAAUUAAAUUAAAUAGAACUAACCUCUAAUAUUGUGACUUGUUUGAGGGGAGAGAGAUCCCUAGAAAUAAAUAAAAAUGUUUAAAAAUAAAUAAUUCUUCGGUAUUUAAAUUGGAGCCCUUGUGCCAGGGUUGGCAACAAGCCGCAAGGCGACGUACUCCUCCCGGAACAGCGCUGCGCCGCGCCACCCAGCCAACCCAACCACGCGACACGGCCGCCGCCGCCGCCACCCACCGCCGCGUGGAGAAGAAGAACCGGCCGUCCAGCGGAGGAGGUGGUGGUCGGUGACGACGCGCCGCUGUCCAGCGGGCGAUAGCAAGAAGCUGUUGGUAGCGAGAGGGAGGAGAAUGGAGGCGGACGCGGCGGCGGCGCCGGCGGGGGAGAGCGACCACCACCACGGCAGCGGCUGUAUGGCCGUCAGGACAUCCCUGCCGCGGUGCGUCCUCGGCGGCGGUGGCUCUGGAUCUCCUGAUGAAAUGUCAUGCGGAUCACCAAGAUGGAUAGGGAGAGGCCUCUCUUGCGUAUGCAUAAAGCGAAAAGGGGCAUAUGAAAGAAUAUGCAUGAACCUCACACCAUUGCAGGAAGAAAGGCUUCGGAGAUUGAAGCAUCGCAUGAAUGUUUAUUUUGAUCCAUCUAGACGAGAUCACCAGGAAGCACUGAAAGCUCUUUGGCAUGCCACAUAUCCUGAUCAAGAGCUUCAAGGUUUGAUAUCUGAACAGUGGAAGGACAUGGGUUGGCAAGGAAGAGAUCCAUCAACUGACUUUAGAGGGGCAGGAUUCAUAUCUCUGGAGAAUAUUCUAUUCUUUGCCAAGACAUUCUCUGCCUCGUUUCAGAGACUGCUUAAGAAACAAUGUGGUAACAGAGCCACAUGGGAGUACCCGUUUGCAGUUGCCGGCGUAAAUAUUACAUUCAUGAUCAUGCAGAUGCUUGAUCUCCAGUCAACUAAGCCAAGAACAUUUGUGCGAGCAAUUUUUAUCCAAAUGCUCUCAGAGGAUGAGUGGGCAUUUGAUCUGCUCUAUUGCGUCGCAUUUGUUGUGAUGGACAAACAGUGGCUGGAGAAGAAUGCCUCUUACAUGGACUUCAAUGAAGUACUGAAGUCGACACGUGCCCAGCUGGAGAGAGAGCUAAUGCUGGACGACGUGAUGAGGAUCGAAGACAUGCCAUCAUACAGCCUGCUUUGCUAGUGAUCAAAUGUGCUGCAGAACAUAACUGAGUUCAUGGUUCAACUGUACAGCGCCUCCCUUUAUUGAUUUCUGGAAGGAAUUUUUUAGCGACUAAGUAGGGCGAUGGCUCGCUGGUGUCUUGCUGAAUUUGGGCCUAUGUAAACAACUCAUCCAUGUAUUGUCAUACCGAAUUAGUAUUGCUGGCAUCCGGCGCCAAUGUUGGCGAUAUUAAUAUUCUCAGGAAAAAUUUGAGGAGAGCAGAAUUUGUUCUUGGAAACC